AUGACUUCCUGCAAACAAUCACAAUCAAGCGAAAGAUUGUUGCCUACAGAUAUUUUUUUCUUUCUUUCUUUCUUUCUUUCUUUCUUUCUUUCUUUCUUUCUACCUAUCUAUCUCAGUGUAUCUAUCUAUCUAAAUAUCUGUCUCAGUAUGUUCAUAUCUAUCUAUCUAUCUAUCUAUCUAUCUAUCUAUCUAUCUAUCUAUCACUAUUUUUACCUUUUGUCCCCAUCCAUUUCUAUAAAAUCUCCUUCGAUUCUAUUUACUUUAUCCGCUUACCUUUCUACUGCCAUUUAUUCCCCAGUUUUACCUCAUCUCUCCUUUUUUUUAAAUUUUAUUUUGUUUAUCCUAUCUAUAUUCUUUUUCUUCCUACCUCUUUGCUAUUUUCCUUCCAUUUCCAUCUUCUCUCCUAUUGCCUCCAUUUUCCUCUCCCGUUUUCAUUUCUUCGAUAUUUUCUUUUCCUCUGUUUUUAUAAAUAAUCUCCCUUUUCGUUCGUAUUCAUCAACAAAUUCGUUCCCCAUGUCCUUUUUCUCUACUUUAUUGUCUUCUUUAUCCUCUAAUUUAUUGUCUCGACAUUCUCCUUUCUCUUUUUUUCUGCUUCUCGGGGUUUUUUUUUCUUUUCUUCCUUCAAUCAUUCCGUUUGAAUAUUUUUCUUAUCUCUUUCUUUCUUUUUCUCUUUCUUUCUUUCUUUCUUUCUUUAUGUCUAUCUGUUCUUUUUCCUCUUUUUGGCUUCUUUUUUUAAAAUAUUUUCUUUCUUUCUUUCUUUCUUUCUUUUUUUUUUCUUUCUUUCUUUAUUUCUUUUCCUUUUCUGUCUUUCUUUCUUUUUUCUCUUUUCUUUUUCAUCAUCAUCUCAUACGAUUUGUUCUCUCUCUCUUUCUCUCUAUCUUUCUCUCUCUCUCUCUCUCUCUCUCUCUCUCUCUCUCUCUCUCUGGCUCAAAGUGA